GGAAUCAAAGAAAAAAAGUCACGAUGGGGGAGUUCACGGUCCAUAAUGUGCGAUUUUACGACUUCGAGCCCAAGUCUAUACAGUGUAUGUCCUACGAGGAUGAAAGUAAUCGCUUGGCAUUGUCGAGGGCCGAUGGCAGUGUAGAAAUAUGGAACUGCAAGCAUCGACCUUUUAUGCAACAAGUUAUUCAGGGUGAUGAAGACAGUUCAGUUGAAGCUUUGGCUUGGUGCAAUGGCAGGUUGUUUAGUGCUGGUCUUCAUGGCUUUUUGCUGGAGUAUGACCUUGCCUCUUGUACUGUCAGAUCUCGCACAGCAGUCACUGGGGGGCCUACGUGGUGUCUUGCUCUCUCACCCAACAAACAGAAGUUGGCUGCAGGAACAGAGGAUGGAUAUGUCUGUCUGUUUAAUGUUGAUGAAGACAGAGUCAUGUAUGAUAAGAGCUUGGCCAAACAAGAAGGUAGAAUUUUGAGCAUAGGCUGGCACCUGAGUGGAAACUACAUUGUCACUGGAUCUGUUAACUGUGUGAGACUCUGGUCAUUAAAAGAUGGGAGGGUUACGAGAUGUUCAAUGGGGCAAACUAUGGGAAGGGAGAUUAUUGUAUGGUGCGUAGCUAUCCUGGACGACAUGACAAUUGUUAGCGGCGACUCAAGAGGGAAAACAUGCUUUUGGAAUUCCACACUUGGAACAAUGACACAGUACGUGCAAACCCACAAAGCAGACGUCUUGUCUCUCGUCAUAUGUCCAGAACAGAAGUCACUGUAUGUCGCAGGCGUUGACCCGACAAUUGUGCAAGUCAAAUUGGUACAGACUGGUUCGAAAUCGGGGAGAAAGGAAUGCUGGAUGAGGUCACUACCCCGCUCCAUACACACGCACGAUGUCAGAGCUAUGGCGCUAACGUCAAAUGGGAAACUGUAUUCGGGAGGUGUGGACACAGUGCUGGCCCUGAGCUACUACCCUCCAAAAACAGUCAUUAAAUAUCGUGCACUUCCACAUCCAGGAUCCAUAUCAAUCGCUGGUGAGGCAGAGUCAAUUUUGCUGCGUUACAAAGACCACUUGGACCUUUGGCGGCUUGGACAUUGCCAGGGCAACAAAAAGAAACCAUCUGGUUCAUUUCUACCCAUUUCUCAGGAUCGUGUGAAGCUACUAGAACUACAAUGCAAGGAAGAUGAAGUUACUGAGUGGAGCGCUAUUUCCUCCAGUGGCAAAUGGAUUGCGUAUGUUGUCCAGGGCAGCCAUAGGCUAUUCCAUUUCAAUUUGCCGAAGGAUGGCAAAGGGUUGAGCAUACAGAGAAUAAAAGCAAUAAAUGAGGGCAUCAAGCAGUGUCGGCAAGUUUUGUGGAUUGCAGAAGGCAAGUUAGCAUCGGUUGCUCUUGAUGGCACUAUUCAG